CGGACGAGGUAACUUCCCCAGGAGCUCGUCCACUAGCAUACAUCAGAGACAUUCCACCUCAUCUGACACUCGUCCACGGAAUUCUGCAAAUUUUCCACACUAUUCUCCCAGGCAUUCUGAAGUGCCUGUCAAAAAGACUGGCAUGCCCAAGCACCAUGCAGGCACCUGCAGACCCUUCAGGAGAAGAGAAAUUACAACCCCACUUUGAGGAGAAUGUGACUAACUUGUGUUUUUUGUCGGUUUCCACAGACGAGUGAAGACACCGCUCAUUUACCAUGAGCUGUUUGGAUCUUAUGUACCCAGCCUAUGGACAUUACGCACAGUACGCAUCGACUGCUCCUGCCUUUUUCAACAGCUUACAGGCACCCACAGGUCUGAACAGCACUCCUCACUGCCGGGACUUUAUCGACACUCCCAGGGGUCCCGAGGGGAUGUCUGGGGGCCCGGGCAACGCAGGAUCAGCUUCCUCCACAUCUUCGUCCAGCUCUACUUCAUCCUCCUACACGCCUGCGGCUUCAAGGCCAGAGGAGGGGAGCAAGGAGAAGCAGGAGGGCCCCGAGGCAGAGUACCUGACUUCCCGCUGCGUCCUCUUCACCUACUACCAGGGAGACAUCAGCAGCGUGGUGGACGAACACUUCUCCAGGGCCCUGAGCUCCUACAUGGAUGGCGAGGGCAAGCGGAGGGGGCCAGAGCAACAGGGCACAGAUACCCCUUCACCCAGCAGCCGACGAAGCUUCCCCCCAUCCUUCUGGGACAGUAACUACUCCUCGCCACAGAGCCGCUCCCACUGUGAGACAGGAGCACCCUCGUAUUCCAUGGACCCAUACGCAUCAGGGUUACACCCGGGCCUGCAUCCGCACGCGCAUCCUCACCCACACGCUCACCCUCACUCCCAUCCUCACCCGGCAGAGAGCUGGGGAUACUCCCAAGCGCAGGCCUACGGGCCACCGAGGCCUCUCCACGAACUUUAUUCCCCCGCGGCUUUGGAGCCUCACUACGGGCCCCUGCUGAUGCCCACGGUGAGGCCACCUCACCUCCCGGCCUUGCCGAGCCACUAUGAAGUGAGCAAGCUGGAACCUGCCGCCACCUGGCCGAGCCUGCUUCCCCCAGGAGACGUCAGCCAGACGCUGGCACUCAACAUGGACGCAGGCCUCCAGCAGCACAAGAAAGGCAAGGAGCUGUACUGGUUCUAACGAGCCCUUCAGUCACAUUGACCAGCCAUUACCAGAUCCAAUUAGUCCCUGGACCUGCUCCGCUAUUGAAGCAGCGUGUCCCUUUAUCCCCCCUCUCCACCACACACACACACACACACACACAGACACACACACACACACACACAUACACACUGCAUCCCCAUCCAUCCACCCCCUUCUCUCUGCUCCUGGCCUCCCCUGCCAGUACACAGCCUUGCUCCAGGUCGACGUGUGUGCACCAUGGAGAUAAAGCAGAGAGAGAGGGAGAGAGGGAGAGAGAGAGAGAGAGAGAGAGAGAGACACCACAAUCUGUGCCGUUGCUUCCUCUCACUCGUCCCUCCACAGCUUCCCUCUCUCCUGCCGGUGCGGCACAGACCUUGGCGAGGUGCGAGCCACGGUGACCUGUUUGGACUGAGAAAGACAGGAUCACAACAGACUUUUAACAGAGGACAGAGAGAAGUGGGGAUGAAUGAAGGGAGAGGGGGAUAAAUAGCAGGGAGCAGGGGUUCCCUCCAACAUCCCUGGUUAUCUCUGCCUCAUGCUCUUUUGUUGGUACAGUGGCCGUCAUCAUCCACUUAUCUGCAUUUGACAAAUGCAACAUGCAGCGAUAAACAGGGCCGGCAAUUAUGGCGGUUUGUGCUUUGUGACGGUCAUCAUGAUGCCUAUUUUUUGGGGGGGGUUGUUAUAAUAUAUAUUCGCUCUCCGAAAUAAAGUGUUUCUAUUUAUUGGUGUUCAUGUGCAUUUCUAAAAUGUUUGUUUUGGCCAGUGUUCUGAAAUGACUGUGGUUCGGUUUAUUGUGUUUUCUAAAGACAGAGGAGCACGAGGGUCCUGUGUCGUCCACGGAGCUUCUCAUUUAUUUAGAAUGAAGAUUUCUUUAUUUCUCAAAAACAUAUCAGAAAUCUUGGUUCAGUUAAACGAGGAGUUGUUUGCACUGAACGCCUCACAGAUUGUGCUCUUUCAAUUUGAUGAUGUUGUUCCACUUUAGUUCUUGAUCUCUCUGUCAUUCUUAGAUGUUUUGAAUGUGGAAUUUCUAAACAUUUCUGGGAUGUUUUUCUUGUGUGUCAUUUCUCAUUUUUUUGUGUCGGAAGAGGAUUGUGAUGUGAAUAAAUAUU